AUGCAUGAUUUACAUGUUGAUGAUAACCUUCAAUGGCUUUCUUCUCUUUCAUCUUUGCAAUAUCUUGACAUGAGUGGAGUUAAUCUUGCUAAGAUUUCUUCUGAUAAUUUGUUUCAUGCUGUUAACAUGCUGCCUAGUCUUUCAGUUUUGAUUCUUCCAAACUGCCACCUUCACUGGCCACAACCUUCCUCUUCAAUACGAAUUCCAUCAAGCGAUCAACUUCAGACUCUUGAUGACACAUCCAUAUACAUCGGCAAGUUGGACUUGUGUGGCCCUCCUUUGACUAUAAAAUGCGACGAUAAUACUACACAUGGUUUCAGUGAUGAAGAAGAUGAUCUUGAUGAGUCUGAAAUGUUAUGGUUAUGCUAUGGCAAUGUUGUGGGCUAUGUGCUUGGUGUGUGGGCGGUAUGUAUUGCUCUAUGGUUCAAUGUCUCUUGGAGAAAUUCAUAUUUUCGUUUAGCUGAUUGUAUGCAUAAGAAGUUUCUGCGAGUUACCACCACAAAAUAUUCUAGUGAAAUCGAUGCUGAUGAUGAAAGCGGAUCAAUGGAUAAUUUGGUGAUGAAUCUAAAGCUGACCACGUGA